GCUGUUGUGGUUGCUUAUGAUUUUAAGCGCGAACGUUUUCAUUUUUCACCCAAAUUUAAAAUGUUUUUUUUCAUCGACAAAAAGAGUAAAGAAACUGUACGACAGCCCAAUAAAAAGAUUCGUUAUCAUGAAUUCGGUAGCGGAGUUCUUGGUGAGGAAUUGAAGGCCCAAGUCGAUUUGAGCUCUAUAUCCUGCAUCAAUUGCAAUGGACCCCAUCAUAUAAAAAAUUGUCCGUUUCCCAAAAAUCCACUGAAAAUUCGGGCAAACCUUGCGGCUCUUAAAAGAAGACGGGCACGGUAUUUUCAUUGUGAAUCACUUGAAUGUCUUGAUGAACCUCACAGCAGCCCUCAAAAACAGAAUGAAAUGGCUGCAUUAAACAUGGGGAUCACAGACAUUGUUAAUGGCAUCAGCAGUCGUGAUAAAAGAAGAGAAUGCAUUGCUACCCAUGCUGCACGUAAAGUCUUUGGCAAUACAUGUAAUCCUGCUCAAAUUACUAAUCUGUUAGAGGCUGGAGUUGUUUCUAAACUAGUAACAUUUCUUGGUCAUUUUGGCAGCAUUGAUCUUCAAUCUGAAUCAGCCUGGGCUCUUCACAACUUGAUAUCAUCCACACCUUCACACACUAAAGCUGUCGUCAGUGCUGGAGCUGUAGCAGCACUAAUUGCAGUGUUGUUUGAGAAGAAUUAUCAGAAUGGUUAUAUCCGUGUGACAAGAAAUUACCAUUUAAUAGAGCCUGCUUUGCUUGCAUUGACAAAUAUUGCCGAAGAAGGGGCGGAGUCAAGGGAUGUCGUAAUUGGCCAGGGCAUAAUCAAUUCAUUGCUUAACUUGCUCAGAAAUGGCUCUUCGACUCUGUGUUUGCGUUAUAUUGCUAAGCUGUGCUGCAGCCUAAGUCGCAACCUUACCAAUAUCGUUGCGGUCGGACAAAUUCUUCCUGCUAUUUUUCAACUUCUGAACGAAGAGGACACCCACAUUUUGUCGGAGACUUGCUGGGCCCUUUCACGACUCACUGAUGGCCAUAGAGAUUGUAUACAAGAAGUCAUGGACGCUGGGAUUGUCGGUCGUCUCAUUCUAUUAAUGGAUUCCGUUGAAGAAACAGUUGUCCUACCUGUUUUAAGGAUUGUUAGUAACAUCGUGUUUGGUAGCGUUACUCAAACGAAUUCUGUCCUGGCUGCUGGUGCCUGUCCGUUGCUGGUCAAGCUGCUUGCUCAUUGCAACUUGAGUAUUGUACAAGAUGCUGCGCGGAUCUUGUCGAAUAUUGCUGCUGGCAACACCGUCCAGAUCCAAACUCUCAUUUCAAACAACGUCAUUUGCCCAUUACUGGAUGUUUUUGAGGACGGCAACUUAAAGGUCCAAAAGCAAGUAGCUUGGGCUAUCACGAACAUCAUAAUGGGUAUGGCUUCGCCUUACCCAAAAGUUAACAAACAUGCUAUUCUCAAUCUAUGCAAACUUGCUGGCAACGGACCAGAUCGCCGGGAACGCUUUAUGGAGCACGGCAUUGUGAAGCCGCUGAUAAACUACAUGAAAGAUGAUUCAUCGGUUGAAUUGAUGAGGAAUACAACCUGGACCAUCUCCUGCCUGUGCCGGAAGGAUUUCAAGAUCACCGCUGUCCAGCAGAUUUUUCCAACUCUGGCUCUCCUUCUAGACUGCAACGACCAAGAGAUACUGGUAAACAUCUGCACUACGUUCACCUACCUCAAAGAACCUCAAGAAAUUCAGUCUGUUGUGGACGCUGGGGUCCUCCCACGACUCGUUGCCUUAUUGAACCGAAAAGAGGUGGAAAUCCUCACUCCGCUCCAUGAAAUUAUUCAAAAUUUCGUUCGCAGCAGCGAAACUAUCCAGGGUUUAGUUUUGGCUUCUGGUGCAAAUGAGCUUCUAGUCAAUCUGAUGAACAACUCACAUUUUUAAAUUAACUCUUUAUUUUUCUCCGUGUUCCCUUCGUUUCCCCUUUAAAUUUCGACAACGUAUUUUUGUGUUUUUGAGAAUUUUAGACAAUUUUUUUUUCUAAAUUCAUAUCAGACAGUGGUGCAUGUGUGGGCGGAGGAUGGGACAAUAAAACGCAUUCCAUGCCAUA